CAGCUACUGCUCCUGGUCGUUGCCCAAAACCUUCUCCGGUUCCCACCGUUCAAUGAAAUUACCUGUCCCUGCGUUAAACGUUUAUUUGCACAAAUAAACACAAACUUUUCCUUUACAAACAAAAUCUUCGCGUGUAUGUGUUUUAAAGAGUUAGUUGUCCGUUGAUUUCGCUGCAGUCAGACAUGAUGGAGACGCACGGAAACAAGAAACCGAAGCUGAGCAACGUCACCGAGAGCUGGGGGAUGCAACGAGCAACUAAUGUCACCUACCAGGCUCAUCAUGUAAGCCGAAACAAGCGGGGGCAGGUGGUGGGUACAAGAGGAGGAUUUAGGGGAUGCGCUGUCUGGCUCACUGGUUUAUCCGGAGCAGGAAAGACCACGGUGAGCAUGGCUCUGGAGGAGUACCUCGUGUGUCACGGUAUCCCCUGUUACACGCUGGAUGGGGACAACAUCCGUCAGGGGCUGAACAAAAACCUGGGCUUUAGUCCUGAGGAUCGUGAAGAGAACAUUAGGCGCAUUGCUGAGGUGGCCCGGCUCUUUGCUGAUGCAGGCCUGGUCUGCAUUGCCAGUUUCAUUUCACCCUACAGCAGGGAUCGCCUAAAUGCCCGCAAGAUUCACGAGGCAGCAGGCUUACCUUUCUUCGAAGUUUUUGUGGAUGCCCCACUGGACGUGUGUGAGCAGAGGGAUGUGAAGGGGCUGUACAAGAGAGCCAGGGCAGGCGAGAUACGAGGUUUCACUGGCAUUGACUCGGAGUACGAGAAGCCCGAGGCUCCAGAGCUCGUCCUGAAGACGGACUCCUGCAGCGUCAACGAGUGCAUACAGCAGCUUGUUGACCUGCUUCAGGAACGUGAUAUAGUUCCUGUUGAUGCGUCGUAUGAGGUGAAGGAGCUGUACGUUCAGGAGAAUAAACUGGACCUGGCCAAGGCUGAUGCAGAAAGUCUUCCUGCUGUUCACAUUGGAAAAGUGGACAUGCAGUGGGUCCAGGUGCUGGCUGAAGGCUGGGCCACCCCCUUGAAUGGCUUUAUGAGAGAGAGGGAGUAUCUGCAGUGUCUUCAUUUUGACUGUCUGCUGGAUGGUGGAGUGAUCAACCUGUCGGUGCCCGUGGUGCUGCCGGUGUCCACUGCAGAUAAAGAGCAGUUGGAGGGCGUUACAGCCGUGGCGCUGGUGUUCGAGGGCCGCCGAGUGGCCAUCCUGCGUAACCCUGAGUUUUAUGAGCACAGAAAAGAAGAGCGCUGCGCUCGGCAGUGGGGCACCACCUGCAAAGACCACCCCUACAUCAAGAUGGUGAUGGAAAGUGGGGACUGGCUGGUCGGGGGCGACCUGCAGGUUCUGGACAGGAUCUACUGGAACGAUGGGCUUGACCAGUACCGACUGACACCCACUGAGCUCAAGCAGAAGUUUAAAGAAAUGAACGCUGAUGCUGUGUUCGCCUUUCAGCUUCGGAACCCGGUCCAUAACGGCCACGCCCUCCUCAUGCAGGACACCCACAAGCGUCUCAUUGAGCGAGGUUACCGCCGGCCUGUCCUGCUGCUGCACCCGCUGGGGGGUUGGACCAAAGAUGAUGACGUGCCGCUGCACUGGAGGAUGAAGCAGCACGCCGCAGUGCUGGAGGAGGGCGUUCUGGACUCGGACUCAACUAUCGUGGCCAUUUUCCCCUCGCCCAUGAUGUACGCGGGGCCGACUGAGGUCCAGUGGCACUGCAGAGCACGUAUGGUGGCUGGUGCCAAUUUCUAUAUUGUUGGUCGAGAUCCUGCAGGCAUGCCCCACCCUGAGACAGGAAAGGACCUCUAUGAGCCCACUCAUGGAGCCAAAGUCCUCACCAUGGCUCCAGGUCUCAUCACCCUGGAGAUUGUACCCUUUAAGGUCGCUGCUUACAACAAGGUCAAAAGUGCAAUGGACUUUUAUGAUCCCAACAAACAUCAAGAUUAUGACUUCAUCUCGGGGACACGCAUGCGCAAGAUGGCUCGAGAGGGCCAGAACCCCCCCGUGGGCUUCAUGGCUCUGAAGGCCUGGGCAGUUCUGAAGGAGUACUACAAGUCUCUGGAGAAGGCCUAAAGGAGGUCUCAGACCGGACAGAAACCUGGGGACACCGUGAGAAACGUGGGACCGUCACUUCAUGAGAAAAUGUUUUUUAUCUGUUACGUUCUAAACUGACGUGUUGAUGAGGAAACUGUCCUCACAACAUUUUAGUCUCUUCGAUCAUUUGUUCUUGAUUUAACUACUUUUACUGUCAUAGUGUAGGCGA